GACUCGUGUAGCCAUCUGGGCCUUCUACAAGGUGUAAGGAGCCCGCUUGCGCGCCAAGUCGCGCCGCAAGGGCGGGACGGGCCAGCUGAUUUUGAAUUUCGCGCCAUCGUUCGGAUAAACGAGCCCGUAUCCAGCACCGAGCCCGCAAAUCCAAGCUUGGGGUUUGUAUGGACGGGGUAAAUAAAAAGACGGAGUGCCAUUUUGGACGUUGCGACGGCGAGCAGAAGCCGUGGCCAUGGACAUGCAGGCGCGGGUGAUAGGCGCCGACAAGGAAAACUGGCCGCCACCCGGCGUGUGUGGGCCCAGCGAGCGCAAAACGACGGCGAGGACCAUGGCCAAGCAUGAGAAGCAACACAGCGCCGCGACAAGUGGCAAAAGCUACUGGCCGCCAGAGGACGACAAGAAGCUGUUGGCGCUUGUGUACGGCCUCGGCACGAAGAACUGGAACGAAAUCGGCUCGCACUUUCCGCACAAGAGCGGGCGGCAGUGCCACGAACGGUGGAAGAUGCUCUUCAACGAUCCGUCGUACUUUCAGGCCAUCAAGAUGGAUUUUGCGGCCUCGACGACGCGCCGGACGCUCGACAUGACGCCUAUCAAGGCGCCCGAGAAGCCCAAGGCGAUCCCGGCGCUUCCCAAGCGACACUCGUCCGCCAGCCCCCUCGUGCAGAAAGUCAACAAGCUCCAUGACAUUGCAAACAAGCUCAAGUGCCGCCAAGAGUCGCAUUCGUCGAUCAACGGCAAGAGCGUCGAGAUGCUCUUGUCGCCCGGCGCGGGUCACGCUAUUACGGCCGUGCCCGCCGCGCUCAAGCGCAAGCUCGAGCACUGGAGCGCCAUGUACGGCGUCGACGUCGACCACAUGGAAUACGUCACGUUCAUCAAGCGUCCGCCGGCGCCGCCCUCAGGGUACCGGCCACGACGCAUAGUUCGAGUGCCGCCGCGCAAUGAAGCUGUCGCCCAAUCCCCCCACUGUACUCGAACCCAAGUAGAAGAUGACGACGAUGAGAAUGGGGAUGACGCCGAUGACGACGACGCGUCAUGGGCAGAUGCGACCAGUGCGACGGACCUCGAGGUGCAUGUGCUCGACUUUGUCGGGUGGCAGAGUCCGCAACGCAUGUCCCUUAUGUCGCAGUUCACAGCGAUCAAUAACUUAGUACGAAAACACGAUUGAAUUUACUUGCUAAAACCCGAA